AUGAUGGUUAAAGUAAAAAAGAUUAAGAAGAUCAAGACUUCCAAGAGUAUGUUUCAUUGAUAUAUUUCUGAUCUUGAUUUAGAAGUUCCUAAAAUUAAUGGAACCCUCGAGAAAGAUGAAGAGAAAACGCCAGUGUCUCAUAGGAAACAACUGCAACAGAUUGCUGAGAAAGAUCCAGAGUUCUUUAAAUUCCUGCAAAAGGAAGAUGCGGAUCUUCUUGAGUUCGAUGACAGUGAUGUGGAGAUGGGAGAAGACAUUGGUAAGUCGUUUAUUAUUAUUUUUUAGAUUUUCUUCUAGACGAAGAAGAAGAGGAAACGGCCGAAAGUUUAAAUAUUGGGAACAAAACGAUCUUUUUUGAAGUAGAUAAUGAUGAUAGAAAAGUUGUUAAUCUGCAAACAGCUGAACUGAUUGAAAAAGUAUUAUCUAGUCCCUCAGAAUAUCGAAGAAAUCUAAGGGCAGUGGUUAGGUUGGCUGUUCAAUCUUUCCAUGCCUGCGUUUGUAGGGUGGGAUCGAAUCUGGAGAAGGGAGAAUAUGUUGUCAAUGAGGACAGAGGUAACAUAAAUAAGAUAUGUUAGGUUUUUUAGUAUUUGAUUCGAUUGUUCGAAGUUGCCUAAAAUACAUGGGGCAUUGUUUGUUGUUGUUGAUGAAUCCUUUGGACGAGAAGCAAAAAGAGGUGAGAAUUAUCACGAUCAUGUUAUUUGUCUGACUUUAGAGCAAGAAUGCAAAGGCAAAACAAGGACAACCUGUUUUCAAAUACUUUCACAAAUACAAAACUGUAACCAAGGAAUACCUGAUCGCUCUGGUUGAGGUGAGUUUUCGAAUUUUCCUAAAAUUUUGUUUUAGUUUUUAGCUGAAGUUGGAGCUGAGGAUAUUUCUAUUGCGAUCAUCAAGUCGAUCGUCCCUUUGACUGACUUCUACUUACAUUUCCAGAAGAUUUGUCGACGUCUUAUCAAAGUAAGCAAGAAGACUUUAUGAUAAUAUUAAUUGCGUUGAACUUAUUCUUUGUUUUUUUUAGAACUUGGUGAGAGUGUGGAGUCAGAAGUCGAUGCAGGAACGAGUUGGCGCAUUUCUGGCGCUUAACAGAAUUAGUCAGAGUGAUGUUGAUCUUUACACAUUUGUGUAUAAAGCAAGUUUGUUGAUUAAAUGUAUAAUUUACUUGUUACUUUAGAGUUGUUAUGUCGCUUAUGUUUCGUCAUCUCGUCAAGUUACAACAGGAGCAUGGCAGAAUCUAUUAUUUAUGCAAAGGUCAUUUGCUGAGCUGACUUUUGUUAACCCUGCAGUCUCGUAUCAAUAUGUUUUUGUUUACAUUCGGCAGUACGCAAUCCACCUGAGAAAUGCAAAGAUUACAAAAAGAAAGGUAUUGUCAGUAAGCACCUUGAAGGUUUUCUCGGCUUUUAGGAUGUCAUCAGAACCGUUUACAACUGGCAAUUUGUCCUCGGGGUUUACCUCUGGGCGUCUGUAAUGAUAAGGUCAUCAAAGCAUCGUCACAUUUCUGAAGCCGUCGAUUGGAUCCGAGAACUUAGAUAUCCAUUGAUCCAAAUCGUUAUCGGCCUGAUCAACGUGUUCCCCACUUCCAGAUACAUUCCCCUUCGUCUUCAUUGUGUCCGAGUUCUUCUUCAAUUACAAGUCAAUUGUAAUGUUUACAUCCCAACUCUGGCCAUUACAGCUGACGUAAGGGAGGUUUUAGAUUGGAUAUUUGUCACUUUAGUUAUUGGACGACCUGAUCACAAUUGAUCUUAAAAAACCUAACAAUGUCAAGGUUUUACAAAGAACAACUCGGCUCAAAGACGUGAUCAGAUUGAAUCGGGAGAUGUUGGAAGAUUCCAAGUACCGGUCGAUGAUAGCUGAGGAGGUUUUUAGUGUGUUUUUGGAAGCUGCAUUUGUUGUACGAGCAAGUUUGGCAUUCAGCGGUCUUAUUAGGCCACUUAUUCCCGUUUUGAAAGUAAGUUUAAUACGUGGGACUAUUUAAUAACUCGAUUAAGGGUUUCAUAAAAGAAUGUAACAACAUUGAUCACAAGAAGUUGUUCAAAGCCUUGGAAUGCAAAUUAAAGGAGCAUGCCGAACAAUCUAGAUUAACUUUGGCCGCCCAUAAGAUCGAUCUAAAUGAUGCCAAUGAAAAUGUAAGUGUAUAAUAAGAUUCCUUUUAUGUUUCUAGUACAAACUCGAGGAAAUUCUGUCUUCUAAUUCAACUCCCAUUGCAAAAUAUUAUCAGGAUUGGCACAGAACUUCAGAAAUGAAAGAUCAAGCUACGAAAAGAGUAAGAGAAUUUAAAUGUUACUAGUCAUUAUGCAUUUUAGAUAGAGCAGAAGAGCCCAUUUAUUGAGAAGAAUAGAAAGCGGAAGACGAGAAAGACCAUACAUUGA